AUGUCGGAUGUCAAAAUAACCAUACCAGGAGAUGAAGAAACAAGUAAAACAAAGAACAUCGAGAAACAACCUAACAAACAAAAAAGAAAAUUUCUCGAAACAGUUUCAACACAUUGGUCCGAGUUUCUGGGUAAUAGUACCAUACAUGGUUUUAGAUACCUUACUGGUACUGAACGAUCCAUUUUUGAAAAGUUUUGGUGGAUUUGUAUUAUCUCGAUUUCGGUCUACAUCUGUGGACUUUUAAUAAACUCUACGUGGCAAAAGUGGGAAGACACACCCGUUUUUAUGACCAUGAGUCAAAAACCGGUACCUUUACAGAAUAUACCUUUUCCAGCAGUUACAAUUUGUCCUGGAUAUCGAUAUUUGCCUAGUACCCAUUUUGACAACAGAAAUAUUUCAAAUUGGACUCCGGACGAAAAUUAUGUGAAUAUGACCGCCCACGAUAUUUACCCUUUUCGAUCAAAGAAUAUUCUUAGUGAUCUACUAUUUACAUUAAACAUACUUAAUGAAGUUGGUUGUCAAGGUUACGAUGGCUUUAAGAUUAUUAUACAUCAUCCUGCAGAAUUUCCUACUUCAUCAACAAGUUCCAUUUAUAUUGGAAGUAUUGAUUCCUACUUUGUUUGGAUUAAACCCGAAAUUACGUUAACUUCUAAGGAUUUGAAAUCACUUUCUUUUCGCAGAAGAAAAUGUUACUAUUCAAAUGAGCGUCGUUUACGAUUCUUUAAAUUUUAUACAAUGGAAUAUUGUAAGCUGGAAUGCCUUACCAACUAUACAUUAAAAUUAUGUGGUUGUGUUCCUUAUUAUUUUCCUCACAACAGAACUACAAAAAUUUGUGGACGUUCACAGUUCCUCUGCUUUCCUUCGCUUAGUGGUGAUGAUUGGUCGCUAAGUCAGGUGAAAUUCACAAUAGAGGGUUUUAGUUCAGAAUCCUGUGACUGUUUGCCUUCCUGCACUGCAAUAAAGUACACUAGUGAACUGGUAAAAAAACCUACAAAACCAUUGUUGCUUCAUCCGGGUUCUGAAGUCGUGAUAAAAUUUAGAAAUGAGGAGUUUAUGGCCAUGGAAAGACAAGAAUUGUUUGGCGUUGUUAAUUUUUGGGCAAACUGUGGCGGACUUUUAGGGUUAUUUACUGGUUUUUCUUUCAUAUCUCUGGCUGAAAUUAUUUAUUAUUUAGUUUUUCGGUGGAUAUUUAUUUUGGGGCGAAGACUGUGGCACCGUAUUCCGAGGAAUUAA